AUCGUAACAAGUAAAUCCCUACGCGUUCGUCGUAAAACGUAUUACUCCGCGUGCACCUUAUCUGACACCGGUGGUUGAUCGGGGUCGGAAAGAAGCCACUAGUUUGGAUGUGUUGUGAUGUAUUAGAUAUAUAUAAGGUGUUUUUUUAACUUUUACUAUGCAGAUGUUUUGGAUUAUAUACAAAGUGGAUCUUCUGUUCGGGAUAAUUUGAUAUCUCACCUGGUCGUUUCAUCAGGUGUGUAAGUGGAAGAUCGUUUUCGAAAACGUAAACAAACAUGGCUUCGAAGUGUCGCAAGUUCGAGCCCAAUAUUUUCAACAAAUUGAAGUGCCAGGCUUGUUUCGGUGCCAAGGAUGCGCAUUCUGCAGAAGCUUUACAUAACAAUAAAGUGUCUCGAAAAGUAUCCAAGUGUGGAUUCCUCUUUGUGGCGCCAGAUUUUGACUUCAGCAAUCCACUGGAAAAAACCAAGAGAUGGCAAAGAAGAUUCAUGCGUUUGUAUGAUGACGGUGAACUUACCUAUUGUGUUGAUGAAGAUCCAGAAACCAUUCCGCAGGGGAUCAUUGAUAUGAAUAAAUGUUCGGCAGUUAAUAAUGGAGAGAAAGUAACAUCUCAUACCUUCUCUCUAGAAAUCGUCACACCAAGCAAAAAAUACUACAUUAAAGGCCAAUCAAAGGAGGAGUACCAGUGGUGGCAUGAUGUUCUGCAAGUCUUCCCAGGCCGACUUACCAAAUCCAAGAACCGAAGAUUUACCAUGCCUAUAUUUAGCAACAAGGAAAACGUCCAGCCAGCACCAUCUAGACUACCAAGUGCAAGUAGCAUCACAGAACCAGAGACCCUUAUAAAUGGAAGAUUCAACGUAGAGAAAGUCAAACCCAAAGAACAACAAUUCUCCACAUACAGGGGUGUCCGAAACAUGAAGCACAAGACAGACAAACAUUAUCAGGAGGGUCUACGAAAAAGCAGCAGUUUACACGAUCUGUCUUCUGCAGAAAUGGACAAAGAAGUAACAAGAGACUUGGCAGAAACUCGAUAUUUAAGCCGCUCCGGUGAUCGCUUAGAUAGCGUAAGUGGGUCUAGUGAAACAUACAAGUCAAAUGUUGCACGAGUCUUGUCCGAUUCAAAUUAUAUCAAUAAUCCUUACUUUACAAUACCUCGGCGGACAUGGCAAACCUUGGCUGCUAAUUAUCACCCUGCAUCAACCCCUGUUACCCCUGCUUCUGUUUCUACUGCUGCAUCUUCAAAUUCUUCCCCUCCCCAGCCUACACAAGUGACCGGUAUCCCUGCUUUGAGGCGGGGAUCUCUGGACGACAAGACCAUUCCUGUUAGCAAUAAGCCAAAGAAUGCCAGUGAGAGGGCGCGGCUACACAGAGAGAGGUCAACAAGUCUGAAGGACUUCUCCACCCAGUUGUCUCUAGCCAAACAGGAAGGAAGCAGUCGGACAUCACUGACAGGGCUGGACAGGAUGUCGUCACGUAGCGACUCCCAAUCAGUGGGCAGACAAGGUGGUCAUCCUGAAUAUGAGUCGCGCAAUAAUGAAACAGAUGAACACAAGAUGGCCAAAUCGUCAGAGCUACAGGCUGCCAACAGAACACAAUCCUCACCUGUAAUUAGUGGAACCCCAAGUCAGUCCUCGCGAUAUGAGGAUUUGAUGUACAUGAAGAAAGGCUGGCUAAUCAAACAAGGGUCAUCUGAAAAAGAUUGGAAAAAACACUGGUUUGUACUGACCGGGAAUUCCCUGCGAUACUACAAGGAUGCCAAGGCCGAGGAAACCAGUACAUUGGACGGAAGAAUAGACCUGUCUGGUUGUUAUGACAUUACAGAGGUCAAUGUCGGCAGAAAUUACGGAUUCAGGAUAAAAACAAGUAAUGGUGAGUACAUCCUGUCUGCAAUGACAUCAGGUAUCCGCAACAACUGGAUGAAAGCAAUACGACUUGUUAUGGAUUUACAGCAGUCUGGUGGAUCAAAGAACAACUCUGUUGACAGUGAACAUAGCUCAGGGGAGGAUCUAGAAAUUAACUUGUCUAACAGUGGACGAUUAAGUUUAUCCUCAGACAGUCGCAGUAGCACAGAAAGUCCAAAACCGGCUAAAAAGGAACCAACUAUUAAAAAUAUUCGUCGUCAUUACUCAGAUGUGAGCCCAGGCAAUGUGGGGAAAAUGUUAUCUGUUAAAGAGGCUCUUCCAAAUUUGAACUUAGAAAAUAUCACCCUACCUUCCUCUAUGACAGGGGGUUCUCUGUCUUCCAGUAGGGAAAGUUCUGUAGAUAAAGAAGAUGGAAGAAUAAAGCCAAUUAUAAUCACAGAAACCCCCUCUCCAGAAUUGGACCCGCUUUCCCAAAGUACCAAUAAUAUACCAUUCAGAAGCAGUGACCAUGUUUCAGCUGAAUCAGCAGUUCUUACUUCAGAAAAUAUGUCACUGGGAGUUAGUAGUGAAAGUAGGAAGGAAGAAGCAGAAAAGCAAAGGCGAGCCAAAUCACCCAGUGCAAAGGUCAAAGACAGGUCACGAGUCAGAUCACCACGAUUACAUUCCCCACAGGACACAGAUGAAGAGCUCCCACCCGAGUCCGCUUCUGACCGGGUAGAUGGAUUAAAUUCAAGUAUGGGUAGUCUCCAUGAGAGCAGGACAGGCAGUACAGAAGAGGCCCCUGGUGGUGCACUGGUUGAGAUUCUGGAAACUGAGGUUGAUUCCCUGAAAGAUCGACUUGAUGAAAAACACAAGGAACUUGUGAAAAUGCAUGAAUCAAAUCAGGAUUUGAAAUCUCGUCUGCAGACUGUUGUCAGAGAAAAGGAUAUAUCCCAGCCUCCGCAUGAUCAGCAGCAAUCGCUUAAUCAUAAUAUAGCGGAACAACAGGGAGAGGGUUCUCAGAACACAGAGGUUACAACCAUGAGGAGACAGGUGAAGGAGGCAAGGGACACAGUUCAAAAACAGAAGGCAGAAAUUGACAACCUUAGGACCAAAUUGAACAUGUCUGUCUCAAAACUCACAGGGACAGAGAAGGCCCUAUCUGAAGCCCUGAAAGAUCUCAAGCUAGAAAAGGACAAGUUCAUGAAAAUGUCCACUGACUGGAAUAAGAGAAUACGAAAUCUGGAACUACAGCUGAAAGAUUCAAAUGUGAAAAUGGAAAGUCAACAGGAAAUGCUGAAAAUGAAAGAAAGUGAGAUUAAACGUCUGGAGUCUGAUUUAAAAUCCAAUCUUCAGAAGAUAAGGGAACAUGAAAGAGAGAUUCUAAAGCUUAAAGCAAUGGAAUUGGAGUAUAGACAACUAAAAGGGAAACUGGAUGAAGUCAACAGGAAAGUGACGGAACUGAAGAAUGACUUGAAAGAGAGGGAUCAAAAUAUGAAGAAACUUGAAAGUGAUUAUGAGCAUCAGAUCAGUGACCUGGAGCAAGAUUUUUCAAGAGAGAGGGAUGAUAUGGAGCAGCACAUGGAAGCCAUGAAGAAGCAAUUCCUAGAGGCCCAGAGGCAGUCUGGCAUUCCGGAAAAUAUCGCACAACUCAUGGCGGAAAAGGAUGAAAUCAUCGCACAACUGGAAGAGAAACUGAUUGAAAAUGACAAAAAGUUUGGAGAAUUAACGGAUGACUUCCAAGCAGAGAUUGCUGAUAAUGAAGAAUUUCAAUCCAGGCUUGGUCAACUCCAGAGGGACAAAGAGUUGGUGGAAAAGAAAGUGCAGGAGUUGGAAAGAUAUCAAAGAAAAGCUAACCUGGAGAAGGAGAGACUGGAGAGGGACAGUAAAACUCUGAAGAAAAGUCUGGAUAAUCUCAGAAGUGAAAAUUCACAACUUAAUGCCCAGAUAGCUUCAGACAGACAAUCAAUGUCCUCCUUGGAGAAAGAGAAGAGUAGUAUAGAGUCAAAAUUACAAAGAGGGUCAGAAUCUCGUGAAAUUGAGGACGAAACUGCCCAAAAACUUAUUGGAUAUAUUAUGGAAGUGGAUUCUGAAAUGAAAGAAGUUGUGGAAGUUGUGCUCAAGUCGAAAAAAGGACUUGAAGGAUAUAUUUCAGGGAAGAGGGGUGAAUCUCAUAUAUCACUUCAGGAUUUAGCCAAACUUGUAGCUGAUAUUGAAAAAAGGUGUGAGGGUGUAAAUGACAUUUUGAAAGAGUCGUUAUCACUUGCAGUAGAUGGGAGUUUGAAAGUUAGUGACACCACAGAUAUCCAACAAAAAUAUGAGCACGUUCUAUCUGAAGUGACAAAGUUAACAAAUGAACUUGAAGAUGCAUAUGUUCAAUGUGAAGAAACUGAAAUGAAAGAAAAGGAAAUGGAAGGAAAACUUAAUAUCAUGACAACACAGUAUCAGCAGCAGAUUGAUACUCUGAAUGCUAGAAUUGACCAGCUUUCAAACAAGUCAGGAGUUCCCAUUAAAGUAUCAACAAAAAAGAAGGAUGGUAGAGCUAAAACUCCAAUGGAACUUUCUGAUGAAAUUGAAAAACAGCUGAAUGAAUUGGAAGAUAGGAUCAAUUAUGUGGACAGUGUUCUCAAAAAUCAAGACAAUGUAGAUUCUUUUUCAGUUAAUGAUAACCUGGCGAGUUCAUCCGAGGAAGAAGAUUCCGAUGGUUUCCUAAGUUCAGAUGAGAAAGAUUCUGAGGAUGAGGUGGAUGCAGGAGAAACUAGUGGAUCAACUGUUGCAGACAACCAAGUUAUCUUGAGCAAACUGAAGGAAAUGAAAACACAGCUAGAGACCACAAACCACAGGAUCAAGGACAUCACUGGAGAUCUGACAGACCAGACCCUGAGUUCCGUGAAUGACUCGAAUGGAGACAUGGAUGAGGAUCUGAGGAAGACCCUACAGAAGUGUGGAGAAAAGAUUGACAGUCUCACACUACGUCUGACUGAUAAAGUCAGGAUGGUCAACUCGGGAACAGGGAUAUUCGAUGCUUCUUCUGAUAACACACUGGCAUUUAAACAGUGUCUGAAACAUCUGAAAGAGAAGCUACAAGACAUCAAUAGCAAUAUUGCUGCUCGUGAGUCUUUAGAUGCCAAAGGUUUGAAAACUGUUCACACUAAACUUUUGCAGCUGUCUCAGUACAUUGCAGAGUUACAGAAGUUUGAGAGAAAUGACUUUGAUAUUUUAAGUAAAAUGUCUCGCCACGAAGCACGUGCUGCUGCAAUGAUGGGAGAAAGGGAAAGAGCAUCUAAAAGAGGCAAAAUGUCUUUGGAGGACAAAAUGAAUGUUUAUGCAGAUAGGCUUUCAGUGGAGGCUAUCAUUCUAGGUCAAAUGGCUUACAUGAUGCAGAGACACCAGAUGGGUUGCUUGAGCAGAGAUGUCUUGAUGAAGGAAAUUCAGGGGAUAAACAGUGUUAUUCUAGAAAUGGAAAGACGAAUUGACAACUCGACUCGAGAACUUAGCAACUCAGAUCAGGAACGGGAUCCAGAUUUGGUGUCUACUUAUGCUGAAAUGCUGGCUGAGAAGAUAGUUUUAGAAGGACAGCUAGCUUCUUGUGUUAUGGCAGAGGAUCAUCAAAACACUGAUGAUAUAGCUAUUUUGUCUUCCCUGAACAUCACCGACAAUCCAUCCAUCUUAGCAAUGGAGGUGUUCCUUAGGUCCCAAGUAGAUUCAAAUGUUCAUCAACAAUUAAGUAAAUCUGUUAGAGAGAUGGAGGAACUAUCUGGACACAUUAUCAGUAGGACUCUAAUACAAGGGGAAAUUAGUCAUGCCCUUCAGAAGCUCAAAAUGAGAUUCAACUCUCAUGUGGAUUCUGAGGAAUUGAAAGAUCUUCUCCAGAGGGAGAGAAAAUUCCUUUGUGAGCAACUCCAAGAUAGGUCCCAGAGUCUAUAUAAAUCUGUAGCAGAUUACCAAACCUUAGUUCUUUCAUGUAUAAAUUGCCAUAUCAACCUUACAUCUGGUCACAUCAGGGAUUCACUUAGUUCCACAUUGGUAGAAAAAUUCCAUAAACACAUAUCAAGUAUGCAAGAGGAGUUAAGUGAAGUAGAUGGUAUUGAGCAAGAGAGAAUCAAACAGGUGAUAUUAGCAUUAGAAGAAGACUGUAAAUUGGCAAAGAGUGAAUUAGAAACAUGUGAUGGCAGUGUGACUAGUGAGUGGGCAGAGUUAAAUCUUGUUCCUCCUGAAACUGUGUUAGUGGAGUGGACUGACAUUCUGAUACUGCGUUCUGUCGUGAGGGGAACUAUCACCUAUGUAAAUGCUUUAUAUAGUUCAGGACAUUUGGCCGUCAGUGACGUGUUUGGCAGAAUUCAUGAAUCUGAUAUGAAUGAACUCUCCAUGCAUCUGGGAAGUAUGUUAGAGAGAGAGGCUGCUUCCAAACAAACUUUAGCAGCAGAACUGAAGACCCAUGCAGUUGGCAGUUCUUCAAAGAUGGAGAGAGUAUUGGAGCUAGUGGACAUCAUUCCUGACUUCUGUGUAUUUGAUCCAGAAAAUCUAAAUGAGUAUGCAAAGAACCUGGUACGUGAAGCUAUGUACCAAUCCCAAGUAACCUAUACCAACUACAAGACCAGACUUCAGCACGAGAAAGAAAUGAGAGACAUGAAAAUCAAACUGGAGGCAGGACAGAAAGUGGACUUGCCAUCUGAAACCAGCAGAGAGACUGAGAAUGACAUCAGGCAAUCAUUGUCUGUGUUUGAAGAAAUCUUGGAGACAAAGUUUGAGGAUGAAUGUGAGGUACUGAGCAUUCUGGACAAGCAGAUGAAACAAUUUCAACAUGUAGCAGCCAGUCUCCUGUCAGGUGCAGAAGCCAAACAGUUUGAACAAGAACUGAAUUCCUUUGCUGCUAGUCUGGAGCAUGAGCUCUCUGUCGCACAAGAGCGUCAUGAUAUCCACUUAGACGUUCUUCGCCAGGAGAUAAGCACCAUUUGUCUCAGGCUGGAGAAAAUCACCGAAGAGCAUGAUCAAGAGAAGAUAACUUUGUCGACAGAAUAUGACGAAAAGAUCCAAACACUUCAGGAUGAGUUAGACUGUAUCAAGAUUGACCAUGAGGAGGAGUUGGAACAGGUUCGACAGGACAUCCUCACAGCAGUCAGUGCCAUUAAAGCUAAUGAGGAACAAUCUGAGGAACAACUAGCAGACCAGGUCAAGGUCCUCAACAGGCAACUCACCUCACAGAAAGAAAAUUUUGUGGCUGCCCUAGAACAACUGCAGACAUCUCUGACAGUGACUGGUGCAAAUGAUGCCCUGGCUCAGAAAUUGGAAGAACAGAUAGAGCAUCUCCAGUCAUCUGGAACCCUCCAUCCUGACCAGCUCCACAUCUGCCCCGUGUCCCCUAUACCUACCUCACCCCCACCCAUUAAGGAGUUUGAUGAACCAAAUCAUGAUGACAGCAAUACUGAGGAGUGCAGUGAGAACAAGUGCAUUGCCAAUGCCUUGGACAAGUCUUCUCAUGAUUAUGAACUGGAGCUGCUGAAGAAAGAGAAAGAGGAAGCUCUGGCAGAGGAAGUGAGAACUACUAAAGCUGCAUUGGAUGCCAUGAGAAAAGCCUACGAAGAAGAUCUGGAAGAAGAGAAAGAAAAGUACAGGGUGGCUUUGAAGACAAUGUUCACUGACGACUUUGUGGAAGAAAUCCGAAAUCGUCAUGAAAAUGAAGUGACAAAGCUACAGGAGGAGUUGUCACAGGUGACGAUGCACUACGAUAGUCGCAGUGAAGAUUACAAACUCUUGGAGGACAAACUGGAGUCAACUAAAAGAGAGUAUGACAGCCACAUCAACCAACUAAUCAAGAGUAAUGAGCAGCUGAAUAGUCUUGUGAAUGAGGAGAUCAAUAAGUUGAAGGAUUUCAUCCAGAACAGAACUAUGGCCAGUGUUCCAGGCAAUGCCACUAUUGAAGAGGAGCUGUAUGAUGCUCAGAUUAUGGUUCGAGUGAAGGAUGCUGAAUUACAAAAACUGAGGUCUCAAGUCAAGAACUUAGAAAAUAACCUGGAAAGAACCACAGAGGAACAAAGACAAAGUAUGACCCAAUAUCUGCAGAUGUACAAGAAAUAUACUGAGCUACAGAACAAAAUAAAACAGGAUAUUUCUGCCAAAGAAAAAGAAGAUUCCAAAGACAAGAAUAGGCAAUUACGCAGAACUCCUUCCUUUCACCACAGAGCCCGUAGUCCAAGCCCGACUCAGCAAAAUCCAACCAAGAAAGAUGAACAUCAAAGUCGUGACUCUCACAAACGGCGUUGUCAUCUGGAUGUUAAAGACUUGAAAAGAUCCAAAAGUAGUCCCUCUCUGCCAUUUGUCUUUGAUGGUCGUCUUCCUUUUGGACAAGGCAAACACAGAGACUCUCUCGGAAGUUCCAAGUACUCCAAAGCCAAAAGCAAGGCUUCUAAUGUGUAACAUUCAACAAACAUCAAAAUAGAACCUACAUGUGGUAUUAUAUAUAUGGACAUGAUCAUACAUUAUUUUAUUCCAAUAUGAAGGUUUAUUAGGAUGCUGACAAUAAUUCGAUUAUCCUUUUUUUCAUUUUCAUGUCACUGUGUAAAAAUCUUUUCUUAAAGUAAAAACUGCUGGUCAGUUUAACUUUCAAAUCUGGCAGAUCUGCAACUACGCAUUAACAAAACCAAAUUACACUACAAUCGCUCUUCCUUAUCAAUUGGUUAGCUGCUGAUAUUUUUAAGGAGACGUGUUAUGUUCUUGCCAUAUGUAUUGGAUUUGUUUUACAACUGUGAUUCAAAAAGUCUGUUAUUCCAAACCAAUAAGUGCAACCUUUACUUAUUGAAACAAGAAGGGUUGUGAUUUAUACUUGUUCCUAAUUUUUUAUGUUUUCUUUUUAAUUUAAUGAAUGUCAUAUCAGUGGACCUUGUGAUGCUUUUUACAUUUCUUUGAUGUCAGAGAAGCGAUUUGCUAAUGUUUUACAAAGGUUGGCCACAAUUGUUAGAUUUUAUUUGGUUGUAGUAACAUUUGCUAAGCAGAUGGUCAGUGCUUUGAUAAUCAUGAUUUUUUGUUUUUAAAUUUGUUUUUGUAUAUCAUCUUCUAAUAUAUACAUGUGUUAUGAUAGGUCUAUUAAAACCUGCUUCAUUUCCUUUUCAUAUGAAAAAUAGGUUUUGAACUUGCAUUUAAGACAUGCAAGAUAGUUAUGCAAAUGCCACAAAAUUAUUGAAAACAUUGUUUGAAGAAUUUAUUGAAAGUUCUUCAUUGAUGUUACUUGCUGUAUUUGAUCAAACAUAAUGCUAAAGAUGAAACUGCCUGUGAUUUAAUUGUAAGUCUGUUUCACACCAUUAAAACUUUCAUUUAAAAAAUGUGUACAGCAAAAGUAUCAGAAAUGUAUUGUACAGCUUAUAUAAUUCAGAGAGAAUAAAUUCUAAUAAUGAAA